AUGACCUCCGUAAAUUCAAGUUUUAAAAGGGCCUUUUACCUCAAUUUUACUUUCCAUUUACCAAAAUUCAUUGCGUUUUCACCCACCGCUCUCAAGUUGUCGGCCCAAAAACCCUCGCUCGCGCCGCUGUUAUCUUUCCCUGGCUUUACCUCCUUUUUAUUUUUUCUUUGGUUUUUAAAUAAAUAUGUAAAAGAAAUUGAAUUUCUCAUUUUUACCGUGGUCGUCCCCGGGGGCGUGAGGUUUAUGGCAGAGUUAACCGGCGGGCGGCACUUACCGAACUCGGACGCCUUUGGAGAGCAGAUAUCCCCGUUCCCUGAGAGCACGUACGACCUUGUGUUCGAGAAUCCGACGCCCGCGGUUCCCUCGCCGCCCCAGAAGCUGCGUCCUGUCAGGGGCGGUGGCGGCAGGUCUCCGAUGGACAGCGGAGGAAAGCUGGAGGAUGUUGGUCCGGCUAAAGUUGGGUCGGGAGACGAGCUGGAGGACGAGUCCAGUUCAUCGGCGGAUGAUGAUGAUGAUCGUGAUAAGUGUUUGAAAGCACAAGGUGAAGAACCCAUGAAACGGAAGAGAAAGACAAAUGUGAGGACCGGAAACAGACUUGAAAUUGAAAGGGUCGAGCUUUUUCUGGAAAGUCUGGUGAAGAAAGUGAUGGAGCAGCAAGAGCAGAUGCAUAAGCAGUUGAUAGAGGUGAUAGAAAAGAAUGAGCAAGAGAGAUUAGCAAGAGAAGAAGCCUGGAAGCAGCAGGUGUUAGACAGACUGAAAAGGGAUAAGGAGAUAAGAGCCCAAGAGACAUCUCGCAGCCUUGCGCUCAUUUCCUUUAUCCAGAAUUAUUUGGGCUCUGAAAAUCAAGUCCCCCAACCAUCACCAUCACCAUCACCAGUACCGGAACAAGCACCCGCACCAGCACCAGCACCAAUACCAUUAUCGGUAGUACCUAAUUAUGAUCUUCAACGGAUGGAAGGAAAUGGGAAGGCAGACAAUGGCAUGCAGAGAGACCUGAUGUUGGUGAGUAGUGAUGCAACGAAUAGAAGAUGGCCAGAAGCUGAAGUACAAGCCCUUAUAACGCUGUGGGCUUCUUUCGAACACAAGUUUCACGUUGCAGGUACUCCAAAAGGACGCAUAUGGGAGGAGAUAUCUGUUAAGAUGGGAGAAAUGGGCUACUGUCCGGUCAGGAAGGAAGUGCAGGGAGAAAUGGGAAAACAUCAACAAGUAUUUCAGAAGGUGCAUGGGACCAGACAGUAAGCGUUCGGCAAAUGCCAAGCUUUGUCCAUAUUUUCAUGAAUUGGAGUUGCUCCACAAAAGCGGACUCGUAAGUUUCGGGAAUGGCUUUAACCGCACAAGCAACCAGAAUGAGGCCAAGAUUGAAAAACAGGAGCAAAAGAGUGAAAAAAGGAGUGAUGACGGUAUUCAAACCUCUCCUGCUUUUGAUAACGGGGAUGCAAGUGAAGGCAAGUUUCACAGAGAGAGAGAGAGAGGGAUGAGUUGAGAUGAAUGCUGGGGCUCCCCCGCUCUGCUCUUUGAUGGAUGGCUAAUAUUAUACGAUUAGUGGUUUGAUUGAUGUUUGGGUCGGUCAUUUUCUUCUUGAGAAUUAUCUUACAUCUCUCUGGUGAAGGUUAAUUUUGUUGUAUCUUGAUUGAACUUUUUAUAUGCUAUUGAGUAUUGACAAUUAACUUUCUA